AUGGCCUCUACGAUGCUAACCAGCAUCUCGAUGGCCGACGUGAUCGAUCCAGACACCGCUGUCUUGCAUAUACCCAAGAUGAUUCGCCAGGACGAGUACGGCUAUCGAACCAGCAACGACGGUAAAGACAUCUCUCCUCUGACCGUCAUACCUCUCGAUACAGCAUUUCCCACCUCGAAGGCCAGUGGACCCGCUUCGGUUUCGUUCGUCUUGAAACGCUUCGCAGAAGGCUACUACGUGUGCUCAUGUCCUGCGUGGAAGUUCAGCACAGAGCGUGACAAGAUGCGCAAGACCUGCUCGCAUCUCAAAGAUUGUCUCGGAGAACGGUACGAGACUGAGCGAAUCGCACUUGCAAAAGAAGCCAAAAGUACGGGCUUUGACAAUGCAAGGUUGCGCAGAACGACUUCCGACGGCUACCAUGCGCGACACACACACGCCAAGAGUGUAUUGAACGACCACUUUCGACAACUUUCACACAGUCAACCCGAGAUCUCGUUAUCUGAUAUCUCGAAAGGCUUUUCAGGAGACGAGAUCCGCAACGAUCAGGGCAGACCAUCUAUCGACACUCCGUCCCGCGAUUUUCCUGCAAGCCCAACACAAGCCCGACCAACACAUGUACAGAACGAGCUUAACAGCGACACUGAAACCGAGGACGAGGAAGUGGUCGCUUCUCAAGCAAACCAGUCACGCCCGUCAGGCCCGACAUCUGCACGCUCCACAACACCGAUCUCAAAAACUCAUGUCGGCAACAACAGGCGGGCCUACAACGACCAUGAUGACGACGAGUAUGGCUUUGAUCCUGAAGAUGUUCAAAUGUCUCCUUCAAAGCGUGCUCGGCGUGGCAACCGAUCUAACUAUAACAGCGAUGACGAAAAGGUCUCUCUACUCCUAGCCAAGCCCUGGCUGUUGGACGCCGACCCUUCGAAACCCAGAUCGAAGCCGAUGGAUCCCACCGGAUGGUGGGUCAGCGAAAAGCUAGACGGUGUGCGUGCCUUUUGGGACGGACAAAGGCUGUAUUCGCGUCAGAAGAUCGAAUGGAAUGCGCCCUCCUGGUGGAAGAAUCGAUUACCGAAAGACAUCACUCUGGAUGGUGAGCUUUGGAUGGCGCGAGGCGCAUUCGAUCAGACUUCGCAGAUCUGCCGAACAACUGUAAGAUUGGGCCGGUUACGCACCUUUUCUCAUUUCCUCGAACGCGACUCGAUCGAGCGACAGUGGCUGCGAGAACAAGCCGGCGGACGUCUAGCUAGCCAAGAACGUCUUCGCGAAGCGAGGUCUUCUUUGUCUCUGUUGCGGUCUACAAGACCUGAGAAGAGCGUGAGAUUUGCAGAGGGAGGCGCGACGUCAAAUUCUGCAACACCAUCGUCCAAUUGGAAGUCAUGGAAGCAAAGUCUCGGGUGCCGACAACGAGGUCUGCCAGUCAAACUGCGUUCAAGCUCACGUUUUGCUGUCGCAGGUUCGUUCUUGCGGGUGUUGUUUGGAAGUCACUCUAGCGAUGCGAGCCGGCCGCGCUCAGUCAAGCGCGCUUCGCUGCUUCGAUCCAUCGUCAAGCGUUGCCCGAAGUGUGGAAAAAUCGUGAAGCGCAAAGAUGGCGGUGCUCCAGAUACGCCAGAACCCGAUAGUGCGAACGCUGAUCAGGCCGUUUCUCAACCUCCUCUGCCCUCCAUGACCGAAACAUGCAUUUCUACGUCAAACGUCUCGUCGUCUCGACGACCGCUCAAUUAUUCGACCUUGCGCAUCUUAUCGUCUGGGCGAACACUACCCUCUGCGUAUACUCACGUCUGUCGACGAAAUGUAAAGAGCUCCAACGAGUGGAACCGCAUCAAGUUUAUGAUCUUCGACUCGCCAUCGAUGGGCUCGCGGCCGGUAGAAGAACGCUGGGCAGAGAUCGAGAAGCGCUUCGGUUCGACCGAAUGGCUUGACAUUGAUUCUCUUGAAGGACCUCAGGUGAAGCUCGUCAAGCAUAUCAGGUGUGAAAGCCGAUCGCACCUGGAUCAGCUGAUGGAGUCUGUCGAGCUCAAGGGCGGCGAAGGAUUGAUGCUACGCCAGCCGAAAUCGAAAUACGAAGGCAAGCGCGGAAAUACACUCUUCAAACUCAAGUCGUGGUACGAUGCCGAAGCCGAGGUGAUUGGCUACGCAGAGGGCACCGGAAAACAUGAAGGUCGCACCGGUGCUCUGGUUGCCCGCAUGGCUUGUGGAACCGUCUUUCGCGUCGGCACAGGCAUGUCAGAUGCACAGCGGGAGCAGCCUCCACCCAUCGGUAGCAUCAUCAAUUAUCGCUUCUUUGAGCUCAGCGAAGAUGGCUACCCACGCUUCCCCGCUUUCCGUGGGAUUGCGAGAGACAAGACGAAACCCAAAGAUGCCGUGGUACGACCCCGAGCCAGUGCUCUCCGAUCAGCCGAAAAUCAAGUACAGUAA